AUGGCGCCGUCGAGCGACGAACUUCGCAAACUCGUGAAGGAGCGCGGUCGGCUUAAGAUCCUCGUUUGGAACACGGCGGAUGAGAAAGCGUACGUCCAGAUUAACGAGGAGUUCGAUAUCAUCACGUCGGAGGUGAGGGAUUACCUAGGUUCCGUUCGAGCAGCGUCGGUAUUCGCGAACGAGUCCACACACGCGUCCACACCGGUCCCUCGAUCACUUAAACCACAACGGUUACCUCCGAUAGCUAUACCAUCCUUCAAUGGCAACUUGAUACCUCAAGACAGCCUGAAGGGUGAAGCACAGCGGGUUCUGGAAUCGGUACCGAUGUCGGAGGAUAAUUAUAAGGAAGUCUGGGAGCUCGUGCGUAGCAACUACGGCCAAACUAACGCCAUUGUAAGGCAUCAUUUGGGACGGUUGUUCGAGCUUCCCGAGAUGCGAUCACGGUCGGCAGCGGAACUGCAACCGCUCUUUAAUGAGUGUACUGCCCAACUCAAGACACUGGAAUCAUUGGGGGCGCCGAUCCAAACCUGGGACUUCAUGAUCCUAUAUUUUCUUGAGACCAGAUUUCACCCACAAAUAAUCCUCAUCAUCAUCCU